AUGGCACAGCAAGCAAAUAUUGGUGAACUCCUCUCCAUGCUGGAUUCCUCGGCUCUGGGUGUGUUAGAUGACAUAACAACUGUCUUUAAAGAGAACCUCAAUUCUGACCGUGGUCCUAUGCUUGUAAACACAUUGGUGGAUUAUUAUCUGGAAAGCAAUUCUCAACAGGUGUUACGUAUCCUGACUACAUUGCAAGAACCUCAUGAUAAGCACCUCAUGGACAAAAUUAAUGAAUAUGUGGGCAAAGCUGCUACUCGUUUACCCGUCCUCUCCUUACUGGGGCAUGUCAUAAGACUACAACCCCCAUGGAAGCAUAAGCUCUCUCAAGCGCCUCUCUUGCCUUCUUUGCUUAAGUGUCUCAAGACUGAUACAGAUGUAGUAAUACUCACAACAGGAGUUUUAGUCUUAAUAACCAUGCUACCAAUGAUUCCGCAGUCAGGCAAACAAUAUCUUCAUGACUUCUUUGAUAUUUUUGGCCGUCUUUCAUCAUGGUGCCUGAAGAACCCAGGUCAUGUGACAGAAAUUUAUCUCGUCCAUCUUCAUGCCAGUGUUUAUGCUCUCUUUCAUCGCCUUUAUGGAAUGUACCCUUGCAACUUUGUCUCCUUUCUACGUUCUCACUACAGUAUGAAGGAAAAUUUGGAGACCUUUGAAGAAGUGGUAAAGCCAAUGAUGGAACAUGUUCGAAUUCAUCCAGAAUUAGUGACUGGAUCCAAGGACCAUGAACUGGACCCACGCAGGUGGAAGAGAUUAGAAACUCAUGAUGUUGUAAUAGAAUGUGCCAAAAUUUCUUUGGACCCUACCGAAGCCUCAUACGAAGAUGGCUAUUCUGUGUCUCAGCAGAUCUCAACACGCUUUCAUCAUCGUCCAACUGAUGCCACCGUCAGCCCUUAUGUUGACACACAGAAUAGCUAUGGGAGUGCUACUUCUACCCCUUAUUCCACUCCUCGGCUGGCGUUGUUAAGCACGCCAGGGCAGCUACCUCAGGUUCUGAGUUCCUCAACACGGCUGUCAACUGAGCCGUCACAAGCUACUAUGUGGAGCCCCUCUGCAGUCUGUGGUAUGACCACUCCUCCAACCUCACCUGGAAAUGUCCCACCUGAGUUGUCACACCCUUAUAGCAAAGUCUUUGGUACAUCUGGUGGGAAAGGAACUCCUUUGGGAACACCAGCAACCUCCCCUCCUCCUCCCUGCCAUUCAGAUGACUACGUGCACAUUUCACCCCCUCAGGCUAUAGUCAUGCCCCCCAAGAAGGAGGACAGACCAUGUCUACACAGACAGCAACAUCUUUCUAAUGAUAGAGGAUUAGAAGAAACAUCUGACAAUAAAGGUUCUGUCCCUUUAAGUGAUCUUCCAGGAUUUUUAGGUGAUCUAGCCUCUGAAGAAGAUAGUCUUGAGAAAGAUAAGGAAGAAGCUGCAAUAUCAAAGGAACUUUCUGAGAUCACUACAGCAGACACUGAACCUGUGGUACCUCGAGGAGGAUUUGACUCUCCUUUCUAUCGAGACAGUCUCUCAUGUUCUCAGAGGAAGUCCCAUUCAACAUCUUCUAACACUCAAGGGCCCAGUGUGAGUGCUUCCUCUUUGGACAAGCUUGGGCCUGACACACCAAAGCAAGCCUUUACUCCCAUAGAUCGGCCCUGUGGGUGUGCCGAUGAAAGCCCUGCUGGUAACAGGGAAAACCAGACUUCAUUGGACACAAAUAUCCUCACACCUAGCCCUUGUAAAAUUCCGUCUCAAAGAAAAGUAGGGUUUGGAAGUGGGCAACCUUCCCCAUAUGAUCACCUCUUUGAGAUGGCACUGCCAAAGACUGCUUACCAUUUUGUCAGCAAGAAAACUGAAGAGCUAUUAAAGAAAGUAAAAGGAAACACAGAGGAAGAUUAUAUUCCCUCUACUUCCCCAGUGGAAGUACUGGAUAGGCUGAUACAGCAGGGAGCAGAUGCACAUACCAAGGAACUGAACAAGUUGUCUUUGCCCAGUAAGUCUGUCGAUUGGACCCACUUUGGAGGCUCUCCGCCCUCAGAUGAGAUUCACACCCUUCGGAACCAAUUGCUGUUACUGCACAACCAGUUACUCUAUGAGCGUUUCAAAAGGCAGCAGCACGCUCUCCGGAACAGACGGCUCUUACGGAAGGUGAUCAAAGCCACAGCUCUGGAGGAACACAAUGCUGCUAUGAAAGAUCAAUUAAAAUUACAAGAGAAGGACAUCCUGAUGUGGAAGGUUAGCUUGCAGAAAGAACAGGCCAGAUACAAUCAGCUUCAAGAGGAACGUGACACUGUGGUGACCCAGCUCCACAGCCAGAUCAGACAGCUGCAACACGACCGGGAAGAAUUCUACAAUCAGAGCCAGGAAUUACAGACAAAGCUGGAAGACUGCCGGAAUAUGAUUGCAGAUCUGAGGUUAGAAUUAAAGAAGGCCAAUAAUAAGGUGUGUCACAGAGAGUUGCUGCUCAGCCAAGUUUCUCAAAAGCUUUCAAACAGUGAGUCAGUCCAGCAGCAGAUGGAGUUCUUGAACAGGCAGCUGUUAGUUCUUGGGGAGGUCAAUGAGCUGUAUUUGGAACAAUUGCAGAACAAGCAUGCAGACACUACACAGGAAGUGGAAAUGAUGAAGAUUUCUUAUCGGAAAGAACUAGAGAAAAAUAGAAGCCAUCUCCUCCAGCAGAACCAACGGCUUGAUACCUCCCAAAAACGGAUUGUGGAACUAGAAUCUCAUCUGGCCAAAAAAGACCAUCUUCUGUUGGAACAGAAGAAAUACCUGGAGGAUGUCAAACUUCAGGCUAGAGGACAGCUACAGGCAGUAGAGAGCAGGUAUGAAGCUCAGAAAAGAAUUACCCAGGCAUUUGAAUUAGAAAUCUUAGAUUUAUAUGGCAGACUGGAGAAGGAUGGCCUCCUGAAAAAACUUGAAGAAAAGACAGAAGCAGCUGAGGCAGCUGAGGAAAGGUUUGACUGUUGUAAUGAAGGUUGCCCCGAUUCUUUGGUAGGGCACAACGAAGAGGCCGCUGGCCGAAAUGGUGAGACUAAGACUCCCAAGUCUGGUAGCAGCCGAGGCAGUAGUGGCAGCAGAGGAGGUGGAGGAAGUAGUAGCAGCAGCAGUGAGCUUUCUACCCCUGAGAAGCCCCCAAACCAGAGGGUAGGGCCAUUCAGCAGUCGGUGGGAAACAACAAUGUUAGAACCUUCCACCAGCAACCCUGUGACUGUUGGCUCACUUCCCAGUUCAAAGAGCUUCCUGGCCAUAAAGGCUCGAGAGUUGUUUCGUAAUAAAAGUGAGAGCCAGUGUGAUGAGGAUGGCUUGACCAACAACAGCCUUUCUGAGACACUAAAGACUGAACUGUACAAAGAUCCCAGCACGGAAGUGAAGGUCCCCUUGGGCCUAGACAACCCUCACCCAUCUCCCAAAAACCAGGAAAGUGUUGGACAGCUUCGUAUCAUGGACUACAAUGAGACUCAGCAUGAACCCAGUUAAAGAAUGAUGGUCAAUCAGUGUU